UCAAUCUUCUUAAAGUAAUUUCUUUCUCUCUCUACAUAUGACAUGUUUGCUCUGGGUAAUUCUUGAUCAUCAUAUUAUUUAUCUCUUUUACCUUUAAACCCAAUUAUGGAUUCUUCCUGAUCACAUGGAAUCGACAACUGUCAAUAACAUUGGCAAAUUCCGUCGCUAAAAUCUAUAAACCGUCGCCGUUUACAUUUAACGACGAAAAUAAGCGUCGCUAUAGAGAAGGAGGCAAUGGAUGAGUUAAAUGGAGGAAGAUCAAAGGCAUGGGAGAUAUAUAAUGGGUCGGAGCCUAGCUCUUCACAAGUUGCAAAAGAGGAGCCAUGGAAUAGCUUUGGGGGGUCAAAUUCGUCGUCAAUGCAUGCCAUUUCUUUCGGUUUUGUCGCAACUGCUAUCUUGAUAUCGAUGUUUUUGAUGAUAGCAAUCUUGGAGCAUUUGUUUAGGCCGAAUAAUUCUCCUUUUGCGGAUAAUUCUUCGCCAAAUGGGAGUAGUAUUAGUAAUGAUCAUCGGUCUUUGUCCAUGGAGAAACUUAGAAACCUUAAACCGGUAUCAACACCAGCAGAAUAUGCAAAAGAAAUAUCAGUAAUGAUGCCUGGGCAACAAUACCCUACUUACAUUGCACAUCCAUCUCCUCUAAUUCCUUGUACAAGAGAAACUGUUCUUUGGCCAUCUCAUGAUCAACACCAUUAAUAUUUAUUUAGUUUAUUAGUCAACAUUAAUCAUUAUUAUUAUUAUUAUUAUUAUUAUGCAGGAUGAUUUUUAGAUGGUUAUAGUGAAAAGGAA